AUGGCGACCACUGCGAUGGAUUACGAGACUGCGAAUGGUGACCGAUUCGACGACGACGGCCCUCGCUACGAGCGUGAUCAGCGCAGCGCCUCGCCCCGAGCCCCCCGUGACGAUGGCAUGGGCUCUCGUCGUCGUUCCGCUUCCCCCGGAAAUGCCCACCGUGACCGUCCUAUGAAGGAUGACAACGGCGACAGGGAUGAGGAUGGCUCCAUCAACCCUGGAUCCAACCUCUUCGUCACUGGAAUCCAUCCCCGUCUGAGCGAGCAGGAGGUUACGCGCCUCUUCGAGAAGUACGGCGAAGUUGAGAAGUGCCAGAUCAUGAAGGACCCCCACACCAAAGAAUCUCGAGGCUUUGGCUUUGUCAAGAUGGUCACCUCGGACCAAGCAGAUGCUGCCAAGGACGGUUUGCAGGGCGAAGAGAUAGAGGGACGGACUCUCAGCAUUGAGAAGGCCCGCCGAGCUCGUCCCCGGACCCCUACUCCCGGCAAAUACUUUGGCCCCCCUAAGCGAGAGGGCGGACGUCCCCCUCGAUUCGACGAUCGACGCCGUGGUGGUGGCGGUGGCGGCUUCGGUGGUGGAUACGCCGGUCGUGACGACCCGUACCGCUACCGAGGACAGGAUCGCCCACGCUACGAAGACCGUGGCGACCGUGCCGAUCGCGGUUAUCGAGAGGAUCGUGGAUACGACAGGAGCCACCGUGAUGACCGUGGCGGCUAUGGUGGUGGCGCCGCGGGCGGCGGCAGAGACGAUCGUGCCUACGACCGCGGAUACGACCGCCGUGAGCGUACCGAGGACAGCUACGGACGAGUUGAUCGUUACGCAGGUGGCCGAGGAGAGGAUCGAUACGGUGGAGCCCGCGGUGGUGGCGGCAGCGGUGGCGGCGACGAGCGCCGUGGACCCGGCUACGAGCGUGAGCGCUACGAUCGUCCUGAACGCGACGCUCCUCGAUCCCGCGAUCCCGCUGCUUCUGGCUACGGCGAAACCGGAUCUCGACCCGACGCCCGUGAACCCUACGCAGGGAGCGACCGUCGUAUGCGUUGA